AUGCCACGCCGAUUCGUGGCGCACCCGAACGUCCAGCAGCUGCUCGCCUCCAUCUGGUACGAGGGCCUGCCCGGCUUCCGGCGCAAGAACAUGGUGCUGCAGGCGCUGGAGAUCAUCCGCAUCGGCGCCAUGUUCCCGCUCUUCUCCACGGUGUACGUGAUCGCGCCGCACUCGGGCGUGGGCCAGACGCUGCGCAAGCCCUUCAUCAAGUUCCUCUGCCACGCCGCUUCCUACUUUACCUUCCUUUUUUUACUUAUCCUAGCUUCCCAACGCAUUGAAUCUGUGAUAUCCGAAUGGCUCUUCGGCGCCGACCCCCUCAUCUCGGACGACAACCACGACGUGACGACCAAGCGGGGCUCGCCGCCCACCGUGGUCGAGUGUCUGAUACUGGCCUGGGUGCUGGGUCUGAUAUGGAGCGAAGUCAAACAGUUGUGGGACGUCGGGCUGGAAGAGUACGCCAACGACAUGUGGAACGUGAUAGACUUCGUCACCAACUCGCUGUACGUCGCGACGGUGGCGCUCCGCGUGGUGGCCUACUACCAGGUCCAGAAGGAGAAGGAGCUGUCGGGCGAGAUGGUGGACCUGCCCCGCGAGCAGUGGGACACGUGGGACCCCAUGCUCAUCUCCGAAGGACUGUUUUCUGCGGCCAACAUUUUCAGCUCGCUCAAGCUGGUGUACAUCUUCUCCGUGAACCCUUACCUGGGGCCGCUCCAAGUGUCGCUCAGCCGGAUGGUGAUGGACAUCAUGAAGUUCUUCUUCCUCUACGUGCUGGUGCUGUUCGCCUUCUCGUGCGGUUUGAACCAGCUGCUGUGGUACUACGCCGACAUGGAGAAGCAAAUCUGCAAUAAGAACCAACCGGCCCAGCAAACUGGUCUGGGCAACUCCACGCACCCGCCCGACCGCGACGCAUGCGUCGUCUGGAGGAGGUUCGCCAACCUGUUCGAGACGAUCCAAACGCUCUUCUGGGCCGUGUUCGGCCUGGUGGACCUGGACAACUUCGAGCUGGCGGGCAUCAAGAGCUUCACGCGCUUCUGGGGCAUGCUCAUGUUCGGCACGUACUCCGUCAUCAACAUCGUGGUCCUGCUCAACCUGCUCAUCGCCACCAUGAACCACUCGUACCAGCUCAUCUCGGAACGCGCCGACACGGAGUGGAAGUUCGCCCGCAGCAAGCUGUGGAUCUCCUACUUCGAGGAGGGCGGCACGGUGCCGCCCCCGUUCAACGUCAUCCCCACGCCCAAGAGCAUCUUCUACAUCUGCCGCUGGCUCCACCGAAAGCUGUGCGGUCACUCGCGGGCCGCCAAGAAGGAACACAUGCGCACCAUCCGGCGCAAGGUGAAGCAGGCAAGUGAGAGGGACUUCCGGUACCAGAGCAUCAUGCGCAACCUGGUGCGGCGGUACGUGACGGUCGAGCAGCGCAAGGCCGAGUCCCAGGGCGUGACGGAGGACGACGUCAACGAGAUCAAGCAGGACAUCUCCGCCUUCCGCUGCGAGCUCAUCGAGAUCCUCAAGAACUCGGGGAUGAACACGCACACCUCGUCGUCGACGGGCGGAGGGUCCGGCGGCAAGAAGAACCGACAGAAGGAGAGACGGCUCAUGAAGGGCUUCAACAUCGCACCGCCGCCGUCCUCGUCCGGUGGCCCGAACCUCUCCCCCGUCGUCGAGAUGCCCCUCACCUCGGACCAGUCCGACGAGCCCAUCUGCGCCGGCGCGGACAACGGCGGCGGCGGCGGCGGCAGCGGCGGCGCGGGGGCCAUCGGGGCGCUGGCGGGUCCAGAGCUCUUCGGCUCCACCAUCUCGGGCGUGCUGGGCGUGGGCCGGCGGGGCUCCGGGCACGGCCAGCACGCCGCCGGCCCCGACGCCAUGGGGCGGCUCGCGCCGAGGGGCAAAUCGCGGCUGGCGCUGGGCGGCGCGCACAAGCGGCGCUGGGGGACGCUCAUCGAGGCGGCCAAGUCGGGGCGCGUGGGCCGCCUCAUCAGCCGGUCCCGCUCCGAGGACUCGGUGUGCAACGGGUCGCGGCAGCGCGGCCACCCGCAGCACCGCUCCAACUCGGAGGAGGCCACGGACACGGACUCGGCCGAGGGGCUGGGCCACGGCCACCCGCUGGCCAACGCGCUCGCCGCGCUCAAGCGCAAGCGGCACAAGUUCUCGGCCUCGCGCGGCAGCCACGCCGUGCAGACCACCUCGCACAACGAGGGCGACGACCUGGCCAUGCAGGGCCUCGGUGGCUCGCUGCAGGGGCCCUCCACCUCGCAGCAGGCCGCGAGCGCCGCGUCCAAGAAGGCGCUGCAGCGCGCGUCCAGCGUGCCCGCGCGCACUCCGGAGGACGUGCCGGAGGCGCGCGCGCGGCCCCGCCCGCGCCAGCAGCAGCUGCAGGAGGCGGAGGCGCGGGUCAUCGAGCACCUGCAGCAGCUGCACCACCACCACCACCACCUGCCACUCACACCGUCCACCACGGAGGAGUCGGGCAGCCGGGACACGCUGCUGCUGUCGGAGGCGGCCGGCGGCGCGGCAACCAUCACGCCCCCGGGGGCGGGCCCGUCGGGGGCGGGUCCCUCGGGGGUGGCGGGGACCCCGGGGGCGGCGGGGGUGGGCAGUGCGGGCGCUGUCCAGGGGCAGGUGCCCAGCCCGGCGGAGCCCCCGAGCCCCAACGGGGAGCGCUGGUACAAGAACCGCAACGGCCUAGUGGCCACGCUGCCCAACCUGCCGCCGGGGAUCCAGCCGGUCAGCGGCCACAACGUGUCCGCCGGCUGGCUGUGAGCUCGCGGGGGCGGCGCGGGGGUGGCGCGGGGGUGGCGCGGGGUGGUGGUGCCCCGGGACAAGCCCCGACGGACUUCCACACAUCAUACGCUGGCUGGCCUGGCUGCUCGUACUCGGGCAGGUGCUUACUGGACCUUGUCCCGCGCCGCCCCGCCCCGACCCCGCGGGAACCCCCCGGCUCCAUCUCGCGUCUGUACACCGCCGGGGCGGAGCGGGACUUGUCCUAAAGUACCAUAUUACCUUGUCUAGGAUAAUAUUUUUUAUUAUUAUGAAGCAGAGCUCUUUACAAGCCACUGCUUUGACUUGUAUCAUAAAGGGCUGUUCUCGAGGAAUGUAAUCCUCGAAUUUAUUAGAGCGUUAAGGGGAAUCGGCCUAGCGAUGACUUCUGUUUAAGGCUAUCAAGCACAAUUAUUAAGGACAUUGAUACUUUACAAUACCAAAUAUAUGAACUUGUUAACUGAUAUUAUCAACAUGAAUUACAGUAUUUUUAUUUUAUUGGAGUUAUAUAGAUUUUGAGAUAUGCUCUAAAUUUGUUCUCAGAUUGUGAGGACAAUGGCAGGGCAGAGUCUGGACUUAGUUAGAAUUUUACUUCACCACCGUGACUGACAUAUUCUCCUAACUCUGCUCCGUAUUUAUAAGGUGCCCCAGAAUUAUUACCCGAACAGCAGCAUCUGCAUCUGUGACAUGCAAUAUGAUAAAGAAUAAUUUUUUCUAAAAUUAUUAUUUCAUGGACACUUUUUUGUUCACAUUACCAAUCUUAAAGGGAUGUUACAUGACAAAUUCACAAGCAAAGUGAAUUAAAGAUAAGUAAUCUAAAUCUUACGCUGACCAAUGAGAAAAAAUAAUAUUCACUUUUCAACUGCAUUUUUUAUGUCAUGUCAACAGCCUUCAUCAUAUCACAAAUCAUUUAAGGUACUAGAUGUACUCUGCUUCCUCAACAUAAACUCAUUCACAUAUUAAAAUGUGUAAACAUUUUACCUUUUGAUUGAACAAGAAACAAUAUUUGUACAAUAGAUCAAGUUAUAGAGCUCAGAACAUCAUCACAAAUCAUGACAACUUCAUCAACUCUUGAGAUCAUUCAAAUUUAGGUUGGCGUUUCUAUUACUAUUACCGUCCCAUCAUUGUAUAAAAUUUUUAAAAAGGUCUUACUUUAAGAAUUAAAUAACUAACACAUUUCCCCAUCUAAAAUGGAUAUGGUCCAAUAUCAUUAUCAAUAAAAAAUAUGUGAAGAAUUUGAUUUUGCCUAUAAAGGUUUGAAUAUUUUUCAGUCUUAUUUUCUAAAGGACCAGCAACCAGCAUCUCUAGAAAAAAUAUUGAGAAGCUACAGAAAAUGUAUAACCUGCAGGUAAAAUGUAUCUCCUCAAAUUGAACAAAAUUUUCAUUUAAAAAUAGAUUAAAAAUAACAGGAUAUUAUGUCUUGAGGAGAAAAUCUUCACUUAUAAAAUUACUAAUUUCAGAAUAGACAGAUGUUGAAAUGUGACAAACUUGUCCUCCUAGCGUAAGAUCAGACUAACUGCCAGUUACUUUGAUUAUGGGAACAUAAUGCCACUUUUUGAUAACACAGGCACAUUUUAGAGAGAUCAUGAACUGAAGUUAAUGGCUGCCUUGAACUGUGGCUAUGAUCAUGUUUCAGAGUACAUACUUUUGGAAUGGCGAUAGAAGCAUUUUUAAAGAGACAGAAGAGAUUGACAAUUAGUCUCAAACCGGAAGAAUAUUAUGUAUCUGCAGAGUGUCAUCAGAAUUACUGUACCGGGUGUAACUGUGAAUGCGCAGCAGUGCUGCGGGUUUGCCUACCUAAUUCACCCGUAAGGCGCCAUGGCCCCUGAAGCCCUGGCGGGUAUGCAAUCCCGCAACACUGCUGCGCAUUCAAAGUUACACCCGGUACACUGGUACAUUUUUAAUGAUAUUAAAUUGAACAAUUAUUUACAGUAUUUACAAUCAAAAACCUACUGUACUGUGUGGAAAAACCGUCAUCUAAAUAUGCAAAUACAUGUGGACUUCUUCAUAAAAUACAAGCAUUCAUAAAUAAAUUACAAGGCACUUGUUCAAAGAUUCAUAAGCACAGUAUAUUACCGUACGUACUAUGUGAAUAGAUAAGACAGCUCAUGUGAUGAUGUUUACCUUACUAAGGAUUUUAUUGUACAUAUGUACUAUUUUUACUGCAAUAUAUGUCUUGAGCGCAGACUA